AUGCUGAAGAGGUGUGCUUUUCUUCCCCCAUUUAACUUUCUUUCAUACCGUUUUUUCCUAAUUUUGACAAAUUUAGAACAGAUUGACGAAUUUAUUGGAAAAAUUAACGCAAGGAAGAUAAUUAAACCUUGUAGGAAACGAGGAUAUUGUUGUAAUUUUAAUCAGACAGAAAUCAAACAAAAUUUAUGCGUUCCCGAAUUAGAAAGUUUGCAAAAACUAGCUUAUCUUUUUCAUGUGUUGAAAUUGCCAAAAAACGAAAUGUCUGCCGACCGAAAAUUGAUUCCUCCUCAACUACUAUUGUACCGUUUUAAUCAUCCUUUCAAAAAAAUGAGGGAAGAAGCAAGAGUGUCUACAGCCUUUGAGGAAAAAGAUUUGAUAUGCAGGAAAGGAUAUGAAGGCUUUCAAUUAGGUAUUUGGGAACUUGAUCCUCGUGUGCGUGAAUUGGGCAAUCGAAAUGGAGUUAUCAAAUUAGUCAAGAAUGAAAUGAAUUUACGAGAGAAAAUGCAUUUAGCUGUAUGCACCAGAUGGAAAGAAGUACGAAAGAAGGCUCGCGCGAGUCAAGAAAUCACAUUCACUAAAUCAUCACUUAAAGCCUUCCUGAUUAAAAUCUCGAAGGCAACUCAAACAGCAGAGUCCAGAAGUUUUACCGUCCCAAAAGAAAACACCAAUUGUUCUCAUUUUUAG